GUUCGGUGGUUCCCGUAUGCACGAUCUCUCCAUGAUGUAUUAAAUCUUCUUGUAUUAAAGAUCUUGCGAUCAGUCUAUCUGUAACCGUGCGGUGGGUAGGAACAAUUCUUUCCAAAUCCAGCUCCAGUCGCUUUUGUGCCAGUGUGUUCUACAACCCAAAACAAAAUGGAACACGUUACAGCUCAAAGUGUGUACGAUGAAGGGCAAAAGCUUUGGUACGGUGAACGGUUACCGUCGGUGUACAAUCCUGCUGCCGGCAUUGGUCGCAUCGUGCUCGACUCGUUGACCCGCUGUCCCGAUCGUGUGAUUCAAAUAAAUGCGGACACUGGUCGGAAGACGACAUGCGGCGAAAUGAGGCUACGCAUCAUACGCGUCGCAUUGCACCUCCGGCGGCUCGGGUACAAACGUGGUGACUUUGUGAGUCUCGCCUGUGGAAAUGGGGAAAAUGUGGUGCCCGUGUUGAUCGGUUGUUGGGUGCUGGGUCUGGCCGUUAACCCACUCGCACCCAUCUUCGGAAGGGACGAUUUCGAGCACAUGAUGAAACAAACACAAUCAGCACUUGUUUUUUGUGAUCCGGGCAACAGGGACGUGGUGGCCGAAGCCGCACACAAUGCUAUCCGUUCGAAGGUGCAACUGUUUGUGAUGGGACCGGCCGCCGAGAAGGGUGUCAGAUCGGUGGAUGAGUUGCUAGAACCGAUCGAGGGUGAGAAAGGUUUCCGGCCCGAAUAUCUCGGCGAUGCAACUAAACUACUCGCGAUGGUACUGUGCUCUUCCGGUACAACCGGGCUACCGAAGGGCGUUUGUCUUUCGCAUGCACAUUUCGUAGAUGGAAUGGUGUUUUCCACAGAAAUCUCCGACGGACCCAUCUUUAACUUUAGCUCACUGUUCUGGGCCACCGGUAUCUUUGCGGUGAUGACUUCUCUGUUCUACAGCCGACCUCGUGUCCUCACAAGCAAACCGUGCCAACCGGAUCUUCUACUCGAUCUGAUCGAGAAGUAUCGCAUCGAGAAUCUGUUCACACCACCAUCCUAUGUGUCCGCUUUACUGGCCCAUCCUCGCCUGCCAACAGCGGAUCUUAGUAGCGUUCGACAGUGGCAACUCGGUGGCUCGAUGGUUCCACCCGAAUUGAUUUUAAGGCUGCAGAAACAGCUGCCAAAUGGACACACGCGUUCCAUCUACGGCAGUUCAGAAAUUGGAUUUAUCACGCGUAACGACGCCACGGUUAAGCCCGGUUCCGUUGGUCCACUUUCAACGAACGUCGAGUGCCGGGUGGUGAAUGAGGAAGGACAAGUGGUUGGACCAGGAAUUUCUGGCGAGCUUCUGUUACGCCAUCGGUACAUGUUUCUGGGUUACCUUUACAACGAGGAAGCGACCAAGAAUGCUCUUACGGUAGAUGGAUUCUUCCGGAGCGGUGACAUCGGGUACAUGGAGGCCGACGGCAGUCUGUACGUGAUCGAUCGCAUUAAGGACAUCAUCAAGUACAACAACUUCCAGGUGUCACCGUCCGAUCUGGAAGGCAUCAUACAGAAGAUGGACGGUGUGAAGCAGGUGUGUGUGAUCGGCAUUCCAUCGCCGGACGGAUCGACCGAUCUGCCGAUGGCGGUUGUAGAGCGCAAACCGGGCUGUGUACUGCAAGCGGAAGACAUAGUGCGGCACGUCGAUGGACAGGUGACGGAUUUCAAGCGAUUGCGUGGUGGCGUGCGGUUCGUUGACGGGUUCCCCAUGACUCCGUCCGGUAAGAUUGUGCGGCGUACUGUGAAGAAGAUGAUCGACGAAGCAUCAUAGAAUUAGAACGAAGUGAACAAGAUGCACACAAUUAUAGCUGUUUUUACGGUGAGAAAAUAAUGUUACACAAUGUCUGAAAUGCAUUUAUUUGCUAGUUUAAAAAUAUACCAGCCCUAACCAAUCUUUGUCGCGAA